AAUUUACUAAAAUUUAUUACAAGUGAGAAAUCUUCAUAUACUCAUCUUAUUUACUUUUCUAAAAAUAGAAAUAAUCUUUUCCUUUUCAAGAUGGAUUUAACAAGAAGUUCAUUAAUAAUUGUCAGUUUAUUUAUACAGAUUUUAUAUGUUAAAUCACAAUCAAAUUGUAAUUUUACCAAUCUUAUGGAAUGUUGCAGUAUUGAAGGUGGAAAACAAGCACUAACUUUUAUUCAAAGUCAACCUACUGGAAUUAAUACUGAACAAGUCGUAAAAUACUAUACGGAUUUGUGCAAGUUUCGUACGUUGAAUGAACAAGCAUCAUUUAUUAAAGCACAAUAUGAUAAAUUAUCAACUGCUGAUUUAACUACUAUGUUUACUACACCUAAACCUACAGAAAAAUCUACUAUUACACCUAGAACUACAAAGCAACCUACCAUAAGUACACAGAAACUUACUGCAACUAGAACUACACAGCAACCUACUAUAAGUACACAGAAACCUAGUGCAACUAAAACUACAGAGAAAUCUACUAUUAAUAUAUCAAGAAGUACAGAAAAAUAUACUGCACAAAUAAUGAACAAAACUAAAGCUCCAUAAGUGUUUGAAUGUUCGCUGGGAAUAAAUUUGGACAAUGUCAGUAGUAAAACAAAACAAACAAAAAAAUAACCCAGUUCAUAUCUGUAGCAAUGUAGACAAUUAAUUAGUAAAUACAAAUAUAUAAAUUACAUGAAUA